AUGAACAUUUAUCUUCUUCGUUGCUUCACCGGACCACUGCAUCACCAAUCGUUGUCUCCCCUGGACAUCGUCGCCUGUUCAUUGGCUUACUUUAAUCCAUAUGGUAACACUAUCACCGCUUGUGCCGCUACUGCAUCUUUGUUCCAUACCCAGUUCGACAAAGAGACCACCACUACAAAGCUUUAUGUGAUUGUGGAGCCUGAUAACGAUCCACUACAAAAAUUGGGAGAUUCUUCAGUGGAGGUCUCUGAAAUAAAAGGUAUUAUCCGCAAAUGGGUGUUCCACAAGAAUUUGUGUUUUGAUUUCAUCUUGAAUCUGUUUCGAUUUUCGUGUUGUCAAUCCCUUUACAGAUCACACCAGUUUACUCACCGGUUCAAGGGCUUCUAUAUCUGUCAUAUGGAGAUUAAUUGUCAAUGCACAGUAACAAGCUACCCGUGCAUCUUCUUCGGAAGUGGAGUCGGAAUUUUUCUGGCUUCCCAAAUUUCUGAUGUGGGUUUCAACUGGAUUCGAAACAUGCUCUGGCGGUGGAGGCUGAAGUUGUGGCAGCGGUUAUUGAUCAGUGAUUUCCCAUUAACCCAAAUCUGGAGAACCCUAAAACCUAAUAAACCAACAAGGAAAACGUCGACAAUCAUCUUGGGCCUUUGAUUUAUCUAAGUUUCAGCCUUUGAGUUAUCUGGUGCAGAUGUAAAGAGAUGAUGAUUAAACACAACUGAUUGAUCAAGAUGAAAUUAGGGGACAACCAAUUUGGGAUCUGACGAGAUGCACAGGAGUUGGAGAAGAUUACAAAGAAGGAUGACGUGGUUGAUGAACCAAUUUGAGUGAGACCCCAUUUAAUAUUUAAUAAUUAUAUAUAUAUUAAAUAAUGGAAAACUUCAUAAAUGGUUCCUGUGAUUGUGAAAUGUCAGUUAACGGCCAAAAGCUAACGGAGUUAGCGAAAAGGACUAAAUGUUAAAAAUUUUGAAACCACAUGGACAAUCUGUGAGGUUUUUUGAACUUAGAGACUAAAUUUGAUAUUUUUGAAAACCACAGCGACCAUUUUUGAAGUUUUGUCAUUUUUAAAACUACGUCAUUAUACCAUUGCUUUUUCAAAUUUUUUUUUUAAAUCAACCCAAAUAUAGCACUAGAUUUUAAUUCUUUUCUAAAAACAACCCAUCAAGACAAUUAUAUUUUCAUUUUUUUUAAAGCAUUCCAAAUAUACUAUUGAACUUUCGUUUAUACUAAAACUACACAAAUUUGGCAUUGAACCUUUUUUAAACCUACCUAGAUAUAUCAUUACAUUUUCAUUCUUUUUUAAAAAAUCUACCCAAAUAUAGCAUUGUACUUCUAUUUUUCUAAAACUUCCUUUAUAUAGAUUUUCAUUUUUUUAAAAUCAACCCAAUAAUAGCAUUGCCCUUUCUUUUAAUGUUGAAAAUCUUCCCAAAUAUAGCUCUCAACACUUAAUUUUUUUUUAAAACUUCUAGAAAUAGCAUUGCAUUUUUAUUUUAUUUUUAAAUCUUCCCAAGUAUAGCAUCGCAAUUUCAUUUCUUCUAAAACUUUUUGGAUUCAACAUUUUUUUUAAAACUCUCAAGUUUAGUUUUGCACUGCUGUUUUUUUGAAAAGCUAUACAAAUAUAGUAUUCCUUUUUCAUUUUUUUAAAACUACGCAAAUAAAACAUUGCACUUUCAUUUUUUUUGAAACUCUUCCCAAAUGUAGCAUUGCACUUUUAUCUUAUUUUUAAAACUGCUGAAAUAUAGCAUUCCACAUUCAAUUUAUUAAUACUACAAAAUAUAGAAUUACAUUUUAAUUUAUAUAUUUUUUGAAAAUCUUCCAAAAAAUAGCAAUAAAUUUGCUAAAGCUGCUCGAUUAUAGAUAUUUGACGUUUUCAUUUUCAUUUUAUUAAAACUACAUAGAAUCAACAUUGCAUUUUCAUUUUUUUUUAAAAGCUACUCAAAUAUAAGCAUUGCACUCUUAAAUUUUUUAAACUACCCCGAUGUAGCAUUGCAUUUUCUUUUCCUUUUUUUUUUUUUAACUUGCUAGAUAUAAAUUGCACUUUCCUUGAUUUUUGAAAAUCUUUUUAAAGAUAGCAUUUCACUUUCUUAACAUUGUUUUCUCUUUUCAUUUUUUUGAAUAUCUUCCCAAAUAUAGAAAUGCAUUUUCUUCUUUAAAAACUUUCCAAAAUAAAUACUGCAAAUUAAUUUUUUUUAAAUCAACCAAAUAUAGCAUUUAAUUGAAUUAUCAUUUUUUAUUUAAAUCUUCCCACAAUUAAGCAUUGCGGAUUCAUUUUUUCUAAAACCACCUGGAUAUAACAUUGCAUAACUUUGCAUUUUCUUUUUCUUUUUAAACCUACUCUAUUAUAGCAUUGUAUUUUUAAUUUUUGAAAAACUACUUAUAUGUAAUAUAUUGCAUAUACAUACAGCAUUGCAUUAUCAUUUAUUUUUUUUGAAAAACUAUCCACAUAUAUCAUUGCACUUGAACUUUUUAUUUUUUUUUUUAAUUUUUUAUUUUUAGCAUUACCUAGA